AUGGUGUCGUACAUCUUCAUUCGAACCCCCACGAUGGAGCACCCCCGCUCCACCUUCCAUGGCCUCCCACGCCCCGCCUCCGGCGGCACCGACCUCAGCGAGGUCGACAUCCGCGGCAUCGACAAGAUCCUCCUCCUGCGCGUGCUCUACAAUGAGGCCCGCCUGUCCACCACCGCCGUCCGGCCCUUCGACUACGACCUCGCCCGCCAGGUCAUGGCCGCCCCCAUCCUGACCAUCGACAUGCCCCACGUCGGCUCCUGGCUCUCCAUCUCCAGCUUCUGCGGCCGCGUCAUCGGCGUCGCCCUCACGAGGAACACCGCCCAGGGCUGGAUCUACGAUCAGCUCAAUGAGCCCGGUGCGUUUGACCGCGCGGUUGCCCGCGCCAGGCAGUUGACUGCUGAGACACUUAGGCGGCGCGCGGGUGCGUUGCAGGCUGGGGAUCGGGAUCGGGAUAGGGAGGGGGAGAGGGAGGGGACGCCGCCGCCGCCUUAUAGUGAGAGGUAG